UUAUUAUUUGUUAAUUUGCGCGCGCCGCGAGCAACAUAUAUACAUGUAUUCAGGUGCAGUGCGCAUUUCACGUUAACGCAAAAAGUUGAAAAAAAGAACCAAGAGUACCAGAAUAAAGAGUACUUCACUGAAAACUGAAAAUAGUGUUUUGGCAUCGCCAGAAACAACACGUGACAUUUUAAUAUCCUAAGUCUAUUUUCAAAUCAAGAUUUUGCACUGUAAAAAAAAGGAGGCACGAUGUUGACUCGUGUAUUCGAGAUGCAUGGCCGGUUUUGCGCCAGCCAUCCCUUGGAAGUGAUUGUGGCGACCUUCACUUUAACAGCGUGCAUGCUUAAUAUGGAGACUAGAACUAGACAGAUGCACGAAGAAGGCCUAGCUGAUACUUCAUAUUGUAGUCAGAACAAAUGCGAUACCACACAGGACCUAAAAGCCGCUGACAUAGUACUGAUGACGAUAAUACGUUGCUUAGCGGUGCUGUUUACUUAUUAUCAUUUCCGCAACUUACAAAGAAUGGGAUCCAAGUACAUUUUAGGCAUCGCCGGCCUGUUUAGUGUAUUUUCUAGCGUGGUGUUUACCACCAGCGUGGUGAACUUCAGCCGCAGCGACGUCGCAGACUUGAAAGACGCCUUAUUCUUCUUUCUGCUUCUUAUUGAUCUUUCCAAAGCCGCGACGUUGGCGCAAUGUGCACUGAACUCGCGAAGUCAAGAGGAAGUCAAGGCGAACAUCGCGCGCGGCAUGUCUCUGUUGGGACCGACCAUCACCCUGGACACCCUUGUGGAAACCCUCCUGAUCAGUAUAGGAUCCUUAUCGGGUGUCAGGCGGUUGGAGAUUCUCUGCACUAUUGCGUGCCUCGGGGUGAUAGUCAAUUAUGUCGUCUUUAUGACAUUCUACCCGGCAUGCUUAUCACUUAUAUUGGAGUUGUCUCGCGGAAAUAACAAUAUGGGCCGACUAAGCGCGGACAAGAUAUUCAUAAUGCAGCCAUUAAACGAGGAAGAUCAGAAACCAAAUCCCGUGGUGGAACGAGUCAAGAUGAUUAUGAUCGCCGGCCUAUUUAUAGUGCACGCUAAUAGUCGCUGGUCUCUUAAGAGUGAGAAAAAUGAAUACGCGGUAGAAACGACAUCCACGAAUUCAAACGUAAUGUUAAACGGUUCUGAUCACAGUGAAAGCUCCGAAGUCGAGAAACAACUGAUGAGUUGGUCACCCAGUGCGGAUUACAUUGUAAUAUUGAUUUUGCUGCUAGCGCUGGCUAUAAAGUUCAUCUUCUUUGAGGAUAGAAAUGACAUGGUUGCUAGACAGCUAACAUUUCGGCCGGAGGAGAGAGAAGUGAAUCCGGAAGUUCAUUUUGAUGGCAGCCCGGAUAAUACAAUGAACAUGUCGUUGCGACAACGAUUCGGCAUUUCGUUGCCAGCAAUCCAACAUUCAGUCUUUUCUUUAUCUGCUGGCACGGGCGACGGAUGGAUCGAAAUCGACAACGACGUGGAAUAUGCUGACAAAGAGGUGCAAACUCACGACGUGAACGAGCCAAUUGACGAGAAUUUGUCAUUAGAAAAAUCUGAAGUUCCUAGAAGUGUAGAAGACUGUCUCGAGAUAUACAAGUCUGAGCUUGGAGCCAAAGCAUUAACGGACGAGGAGGUGAUACAAUUGGUGAAUCACAAGCACAUAGCAGCGUAUCAGUUGGAAAAAGCAGUGGGUAACAUGGAACGUGGCGUUGGUAUUAGACGUCUCAUCAUAAGCGCCGCCGGCAAAUUCACCAAGGAAAUAAGCGAUCUACCGUAUAUGAAUUAUGAUUACAAUAAAGUACUGGGCUCCUGCUGCGAGAACGUAAUCGGUUAUCUACCGGUGCCGGUUGGUAUUGCCGGACCAUUGUUGGUAGAUGAUCAGCUAUACUACAUACCGAUGGCGACGACCGAAGGUUGUUUAGUAGCAUCCACGAAUCGUGGCAGUCGCGCGCUCAUCAAAUGUGGUGUAACUAGUCGCAUAGUGGCUGACGGUAUGACCCGCGGACCAGUGGUCCGAUUCCCAAACAUCGUCUGCGCAAGUGAAGCAAUGUCAUGGAUGCAACAACCAGAAAACUUCCAGGAGAUAAAGAACAGCUUCGAUCAGACUAGUCGUUUCGCCCGUCUAACGAAGAUUCAUAUACGUAUUGCCGGCCGACAUCUGUUCAUCCGUUUUGUCGCGAAAACCGGCGACGCUAUGGGUAUGAACAUGUUGUCGAAGGGCACGGAGAAAUCUCUACAAAUGGUACAGACUCACUUUCCGGAUAUGGAGAUACUCUCCCUUAGUGGUAAUUUUUGUACCGAUAAAAAACCUGCGGCUGUGAAUUGGAUCGAAGGCAGAGGUAAGAGCGUGGUAUGCGAAGCGAUCGUACCCGCAGACAUUGUGACCAACGUACUGAAAACAUCGGUACACGCGCUCGUUGAUGUCAACAUCAGCAAGAACAUGAUCGGCUCCGCCGUUGCGGGCAGCAUCGGUGGUUUCAACGCUCAUGCCGCCAAUAUUGUCACCGCGAUCUUCAUCGCUACCGGUCAGGAUCCAGCGCAGAAUGUCGGUAGCAGUAACUGCAUGACGCUGAUGGAACCAUGGGGUGCCGAGGGUAAAGACUUGUACGUGUCCUGUACGAUGCCCAGCAUAGAGAUUGGCACGAUAGGCGGCGGUACGGGUCUGCCGGCUCAAAGCGCGUGCUUAGCUAUAUUGGGAGCAAAAGGGGCGCAUGUCGCAGAACCCGGUGCAAACGCCAGGAAACUCGCCCGAAUCGUUUGUGCUACUGUGCUCGCUGGAGAGUUAUCCUUAAUGGCCGCACUAACAGCCGGACAUUUAGUCAAGAGUCAUUUGACACAUAACAGAUCAUCUAUCGCAGUUAAUGAUCCAGUCAAAAUCAAAAUUACUCACACCAGUGAUACGGAUAAUAAACUAAGUGUGCCAAGCGUGUCUUCUUCGCAACAUCUUUGCGCUAACUUCGGAAAAUCUUAACGUGAAGUUCCAAAAGAUACGUUCGGGACUAAAUUGGAAUAAUAAUAAUAAUAAUAAUAUAAGGCUCCAUGUAUUGUAUGUAUGCAGUGGCGCCGACUUUGGGGGGGACAGAACACUUUGCCUCCCCUCCCGCCAAUAAAUUAUUGGGGGAGCAGUGCCCCCUCGCUUUUGAAUGAGGGAAAAAAUGUUUAAUCCAUUAAAAAUGGUCAUUUAAAAUGCUUGUCUUUUGCCCUACAAGUUGUCACCACAAUUAUAAAACAGCGAAAAAUUAAUUUUUUUCAAAUAUCUUAACGGUGAAGAAUUCUACAUCCCACACUCUCGCAUCUUCACUUUCUGCAAAGUCUGCAGACCUAUUCUGUAGCUUUUUAACGUAUGCGUUAUAAUCACAACAAAUGAUUUACUAGAAAAUAUAUAAUUUAAUUGGCAUAUCCUGCGUAAAACAAAAAUUGAUUGUAUCGAUAAACAAAUUAAUUCCAAUCUCUUUCUCUCUAUAUAUAUAUACAUAUAUAUAAAUUUUUUAAUUUUGUUGGGAUAUGUUGUGGCUGUUUCACAAUUUCAAUUUAAUUUUAAUUUUGACUUGUAUAUUUCUCACCAAAAAUGAUAUUGAUUAUUGCUGUAUGAUAAGUUAAUUAUUAUUAAAUUUACUUAUAAGUAUUACGUUCGUGUUCAAUUUGCGAAUUUUAUAUUAGUGUUUCGUUGAUAAUAAUAACAUAUGUAAUAAAUUAUUUUAGUUUCACUUGAAAAGGACCACAACCAUAUGGUCAAAACGUCGUGAUAUUCAAUAAACGACGUUAUUAUUACAUGCUAGUUUGGUCAAUUAUUUCCAAAACUCCAUGUACAUAUUUUUUCAA